CGCAAUCAUACAUGGCUCACGCGAGCACGCUGGAGAAGAGUCGGUUCGCGCUCGCCCGGCUCCGCGCCGCCUCGUCGGACGCGCUUGAUGCACUGCUCCAGGCCGUGCAGGCGCACAGCAUGGAGGUCGUACUGGCGCCGCGGCUAUGGGGGCUCUUCCAGCACUUUUCGACACUUGGGUCGGACCGGCUCAAAGCCCUUCGAGUCACGGAGAUCCACGCGCUCGACAGCCACGUCGGCGACCAGCACAGCGCUGGCAGCGCGCUCGUCUUUAUCGUGCAGCCCAUCGUGGCGCAAGUGUAUCUUGUCGCGCGACGCAUUGCGAGCGUCGUCGAGCACCAGCCGAAAGGCGCGCCGCCGCUCGUUGUCCACAUCCUGCACGCCGGCCCUUGGAACGCGCUCUGUGCCACGGUGCUCAACCAAGAACGCACGGCCGAGAUCGUCCAGCUGACGCUGACGCUGUUUCCGCUCGGGUUCAUUCCACUCGACAGCGACGUGCUCACACUGGGCUCAGACACGCUCUUGCGCGAGUGCUACUUGGGCAGCAACAAGACGAGCCUGGCGACGAUGGCGCAUGCGCUGUACCACCUCGAAGCAACGCUCGGCAAGAUUGGCCACAUCUUUUACAAGGGCGACCUCUCACAUGCGCUGUGGAAGCACCUCGCAGCCCUCCACAUUCAAAACGGCGUGCCUCCGCCCGCUACCUCCAAGAAGCACCGCGUCGACUGCCUCAUGGUCUUUGACCGCAAGCUCGACUACUAUGCACCACUGAGCACGCCAUUGACGUACGAAGGUCUCCUCGACGAGGUCCUCGCGUACCGCGACGGCAUGGUGCAGGUCGAUGCAAAUCUCUUGGACGACACGAUCCCGAGCGGCCAGCAGCAGGCGCCUAUGAGCUUGUCGAGCGACGAUGUCGUCUUUGAGCUCUGCCGCAACGUCCACAUUCAAGCACUGGGACCGCUGCUGCAGCACCAAGUUGCGACCAUCUCGGAGGAGCACGCGUCGCUUCAAAGAGCCAUGCACGACGAAGCAGCGUGGAAGACCGAUAUCUCGAGCCUGCCGGGCCAAGUCCAAGCCCACUUGCACCAGCAGAGCUUGCUCAACCAGCAUCUACAGCUGUCGCAGCUGCUGCAGGCGACGACCAACUCGAAGGAUUUCCGACGCCGCUGGCUCCUCGAGCGCGCCAUUAUGGAAGGCGAGCCGCGCCUCGGCGACAUUGAGCAGCUCAUUUGGAAGCAAGGCCCGCUCUUGCACGUGCUGCGUCUUCUGGCGCUGCACAGCCUCGCCAACCACGGCAUUCCGAGAGAGCGCUACUUUCAUCUCAAGACGCAGAUCAUGCAGUUUUACGGCUACGAAUACCUCCACACGUUCGACAACCUCGAGCAAGUCGGGCUCCUCCGCAUGCACGAUCAAGCGCAGAAAGCCCCGCCCAACCUCCUGCGGGCCUUUGGCUGCAUCGGCAACUACGGCGGCGACGUCGUGCAUCCCGAGGACGCGGGCUACGUCUCGGGCGGCUACACGCCGCUGCUCGUCAAGCUCGUGGACGCCGCACUCGGUCCGCGCCAGUGGGAGCCGAUGGCCGAGCUCCUGCACCAACUGCCCGGUCCCUCGGCGCACUUUUCCACGUCCGACGCCAACAAUCCGGGUAAGAAAAGGAAGACGUUCAAGACGGUGCUGCUGGUCGUUGUUGGCGGUCUCACGUGGCUCGAGAUCGCAGCGCUGCGCUUCUUGGGCCAGCAGCGCAACGUCACGUUCUUGUUUGCGAGCAACUCGAUCGCGUCCGGGCAGCGCUUCUUCGAGCCUCUCCUCGAAGCAGUCUACAACGGCCUGGUCGACGAAGACAUCAAGUAGCUCUUCCUCUUGGUAUUCCAGUACACGCAGAGCAUUGC